ACCUCGGCUGCUGCUCCGCCUCCCUCCCGCCUGCAGUCCCUGCAGUGCUCGGGACCCGGCGAGCCUUCGGGGCGCGCGUCGCUGCUGGUGGUUGGGGUCUAGUGAUAAUAAAUGAUAGAGGAUACAAUGACUUUGCUCUCUCUGCUGGGUCGCAUCAUGCGGUACUUCUUGCUGAGACCCGAGACGCUUUUCCUGCUGUGCAUCAGCUUGGCACUGUGGAGUUACUUCUUCCACACGGACGAAGUGAAGACCAUCGUCAAGUCCAGCCGGGACGCCGUGAAGAUGGUGAAGGGCAAGGUGGCUGAGAUCAUGCAGAACGAUCGACUUGGAGGGCUUGACGUUCUGGAGGCCGAGUUUUCCAAGACCUGGGAGUUCAAGAGCCAUAACGUGGCUGUGUACUCCAUCCAGGGCCGGAGAGACCACAUGGAGGACCGCUUCGAAGUUCUUACGGACCUGGCCAACAAGACGCACCCGUCCAUCUUCGGGAUCUUCGAUGGUCACGGCGGCGAGACUGCAGCUGAAUAUGUAAAAUCUCGACUCCCAGAGGCCCUUAAACAGCAUCUUCAGGACUAUGAAAAAGACAAAGAAAAUAGUGUAUUAUCUUACCAGACCAUCCUUGAACAGCAGAUUCUGUCAAUUGACCGAGAAAUGUUAGAAAAAUUGACUGUAUCCUAUGAUGAAGCAGGUACAACAUGUUUGAUUGCUCUAUUGUCAGAUAAAGACCUCACUGUGGCCAAUGUGGGUGACUCACGAGGAGUCCUGUGUGACAAAGACGGAAAUGCCAUUCCCUUAUCUCAUGAUCACAAGCCUUACCAACUGAAGGAAAGAAAGAGGAUAAAAAGAGCUGGUGGUUUCAUCAGUUUCAAUGGCUCAUGGAGGGUCCAGGGAAUCCUGGCCAUGUCUCGAUCCCUGGGGGAUUAUCCACUGAAAAAUCUCAACGUGGUCAUCCCAGACCCAGAUAUCCUUACCUUUGACCUGGACAAGCUCCAGCCUGAGUUCAUGAUUUUGGCAUCAGAUGGCCUGUGGGAUGCUUUCAGCAAUGAAGAAGCAGUUCGAUUUAUCAAGGAACGGUUGGAUGAACCUCACUUUGGGGCCAAGAGCAUAGUUUUACAGUCAUUUUACAGAGGCUGCCCUGAUAACAUUACAGUCAUGGUGGUGAAGUUCAGGAAUAGCAGCAAAACAGAAGAGCAGUGAACCCUUCAGGGGUCUCAGCUGCCUUAGACUAAAAGACUUUUGACACACUGGUUUCUUUUCAAUGUAGUGAAAGGUGUGGGAAUUGUAAUUAGGAUCAUCCGUUCCACACACAGAAUCCCCUUCCUAGUGGCUCUAGGUCUGUAUUCAGUGAUGAACAGAGGAUGACCCCUGGCCAAUGUAGUUGAGAGCCUGGAAAAUGGUUUCUUUGUGUUUUCCCAUCUUUUUUGUCCGUGUCCAAAAUAGAUGACUAGGUAGUUCUAAAACCACCUAUGAGAACGGCAAAUGUGCCAUAGAUUCUCCUUCUUAAGACUCUUAGGAUCCCUUACAGAUUCUCCAGGCACUGGCCUCCGUGUCCUCUCCUCAGUGUGGAUUGGGAGCCAGGGUACUCUGUCGCUUGUGAGUCAGGGGCUGAUGAAGCAACACCCUCUGACGAGGGACAGAGAAGUGCUAGAAUGCUGUAUCCUCCCGAACCCAUGUUCUAUUCAGCAGCUUCCAGAAGCCGAAGUGGAACACUUUGUGAUUUGCGGGCUGCUGUGGGAGACUGAGGGAAGCAGGGAAGAGGGGAGAUCAGUGGCCGCUGCCUGCACAGCAGAAAUAAUCCUUCCCUCACCACCUUUCUUACUUACAUAGGCUCUGGACCACCUUUGUGUGUUUCCCCCAGUUGGGCGUGACUUCACCUGUGCUGACACUUUACGGUAUGUAAAGGGCAACUGUAACUUCAGCACCAGACACCACGAUUUUUCCAUCUUGUCUUACCAAGGUAUUAAGGGAAAUGAAAACAGCAGGUCACAAUGUCAUAAUCCCUUCCAUCUUUAAGGAUAGAAAGAGGAAAACAGGAAUGAACGUUUCACAGUGCCCCUUGGAAAGUGGGCUGUUUGCCCUGGGAAGGAAAGGAGUGAGCCUGUGAGACUACUACCCUGAAGUGAGCAUCAGCCACCAAUUUGUGUGCAGCUUCCCCUUCCCUAGCUUAGUAGCUUUCAAAUGUCUUUUAAGAAGUUUUGAAAGAAGAAGCCCCUUAGAACUGCAUGUGUGUUCCUUGAAACUAACAUUAUUCCCAGCCACCGCAGGUUGGAAUUUGGUGGUGAACUCCUGGGACAUGCUUCUCACCAGUGGACAGGCAGUGGCCUCUCCUCUUUGGUUGGAAUCUCUGCCCACACUGAGUAGCCUUUGCCAGACAAAUGCAAACUGCCCUGCAUAUUCUGAAGGAGGACCUGUACAGUGGCAGCAAGCUAGUUGGAAAUUCAAGCAAGAUCUCAUAUUGCUAAAUGGGCUAAAGCUAUUCUAGAGCCUGAUUUGCUUGCUGCCCUUCCUUUCCUGGCACCAAAAAUUAUAUCUUUUUUCUAGCCUCAGUAUUUUAUACGUUAAUGUAUAGAAAAUUCUGGUUUAUCUUUUUGCCUGACUGAGGUGACUCAAACAGCCAAACAAGAUUUUUGUUGCAUCCCUACUCCAGGUACAGUUUUGUGCUUCUUGAGUGGGCAUUUGCCCUUUUACACCUCUGGAAAGCCUUUACACUGGCCACCUUUUCCCACAGUCCUAUACCCUCUGUCUUCUUCAGCUGAAGAGCUUUCCUGAAGCAAUUUCCAGGAGAGGACUCAGGAGAGGCGAAUGAAAGUUUUAAAUUGUGCUGCUGAGGACUGCAGUCUGUCUUGAUUCUUCUAAGAACUUAACUCUUUGAUGGCAAUGAGAAUUAAUUAUGGUUUCCUAAGAGAUUUGCUUACUUUUGUAUACUGUAUUUUCCAAUAUUAGACUUAGAAUCUUGGUUAUGGAUUUUUUUUAAGCCAUGGAACGUUUUAGUACCAAAUAUUAGCCACUUUAGAUUUAAGCAUUUGCGUCUUGAGAGACACUAAACAUUUGGAUGUAUCUAGUCCACGUGAGGAUGGGAAGGGAACUGUGGGACACAGAUGCCAGUUGUGAUCAGUAAUGGUGACUGCAGUCAGGCCAGGGGGCUGAGUUUGUUGUAGAUUUAGGACAUUCUGAUGCUGGAGAAUCACCACUGCCCACCUUCUAACUGAAUGUCCAGCAUUUUACCGUCCACAGUCCACUUUCCUUUUUAUUUUUGCUUAACAAAAAAAGCAUAAUAAUAAAGGAAAGAUUGUUUUAAUGCCA